AUGCAUUUGACAACCACCAGCAGCAACUCGACGGCAUCUAAUGCCAAUAACAACAACAACAACAAUAACAAUAACAACAACAACACGACUAACAACAACAACAACAAUAACUCUAGUAGCAGCAACAACAACACAACCAACACAAAUGGCACCAACAACAACAACAACAACAACUCGAACAGCAACAGCAACAACAACAGCACCGAACAAAUCACACCACCAACACCCGCCCAGCUGCUGAAUGAGGCCUACACGAAGAUGACCUCUGACAUCCUGGCCGAGCGCACUCUCGGCGACUUCCUCACCGAACAUCCUGGCGAGCUGAUCAGGACGAGCAGUCCCCUCUUCGUUUGCACCGUCCUGCCGCCGCAUUGGCGCUCCAACAAGACGCUGCCGGUGGCCUUCAAGGUCGUCUCCCUGGGCGACAUCAUGGACGGCACCAUGGUCACCGUCCGCGCCGGCAACGAUGAGAACUAUUGCGCCGAGCUGCGCAACUGCACCGCCGUCAUGAAGAACCAGGUGGCCAAGUUCAAUGAUCUCCGGUUUGUCGGACGCAGCGGCAGAGGGAAGAGCUUCACAUUAACCAUCACCGUGUCAACGAAUCCACCACACAUAGCCACCUACAACAAGGCGAUCAAAGUGACUGUCGAUGGGCCACGUGAACCACGCUCUAAGACCAGGCAGCAACAACAAUUCCACUUCGCCUUUGGCCAGCGACCGUUCCACUUCUCCACGGAUCCCCUCUCCGGCUUCCGCAUGCCACCGAUUGGCAAUUGUCAGAGUGCCAGCAACACGCAUUGGGGCUACGGAUCGGCGGCCUCGGCCUAUUCACCUUACUUGGCCAGCAGCGGAUUAUCCUCCUGCACCACGCCCACAUCGGCUCAGUUCAACAAUCCAGCGUUGGGCUUCACCUGCUCCUCCAACGACCAGAGCAACAAUCAGGACUUUGGCGGCGCCACCAAUCGCGAUUGUGUGCCAAUGCUGCCCGAUUCAACGGCCAGUGAUCUGGAUCAGCAUCUGAGCAGUCUGGUGGGCUCGACCAGUGGCCAGAUGUCGCAUCACAGUCUGUUGGGCGCCAGUGGCCAGACGUCGAUCACGUCGACGGUGAAUGGAGCGAGCACCGGGAGCGGAGCAACCGCUGGGAGUGCAGCGGGCGCUGGCAGUGGGGCCGGAGGGAACUCGAUACUGGUGCCACGUUAUCAUACCAAUGCGAGCAAUGAGUACAAUGUGCAUUCCAGCCAGAAUGGGCCGCGCAGUCUGAGCGACAGCUCGCAGGCCGAGUCGCCGGUGCAGGAGGAUCUGCUGUCCACCAACACACCCAAUCUGGGCAGCGGCAGUGGCGGCGGUGCGACCAAUGGCGGUGCCGCCAACGGUGGUGGUGGCGGUGGUGCAGCGGGCGCUGGCAGCGGUGGCACAGCGGGUGCCUCAGCCGGAGCUGGUAAUCCUGCCAUGCUGGGCGCCAAUCAAAACUUUCCGGGCAUUGUCAACCAGGCACAGCAUGCCUCCGCCUCCGCCUACGGCGGUUGUGGCGUCGGCGUCGGCGUGGGCGUGGGCGUUGGUGUGGGCGGUGGCCAUGGCGGUGGUGCUGGCGCCACAGCCGCCGGCUGCAAUGGCUCGCUGUAUCCGGUGCUGCCCGCCAGUCUGCUCUACUCCCAGCUGUAUACCGCUGCCAAUCAGUCGGCCCAUGGCUUCCACUCGCACACGCUGCCCUCGCACGCCUCGCCCAACUCCUCGGUGCACGGGGAGCUGCAGAGCGUGAUGGAUCACAUUAGCAAUGUGGGCGUGCGACAGCAGCAUAACAUUAUGGCCGGCGGGGGCGUGGCACAUCCGGGUGAUCUGACGCUGAUUGGCAACUGCGGGGCGUCGGUGCGGAACAUCGAGGAUGGCAACACAAAUCGCCAGGUGGCCGCGCUCGCUGCCCAUCGCGGCCACCACAACCCAACUGACAACGGGGGCAGCGUCUGGAGGCCAUAUUGA